CUAAACACGUACGGUGUAGCUUUUCGUUUAAAUGGAAACAAAGCCGACUGAAGCGUACUACUGUCCUGGAGGUGAUUUGUCCCAAAGUAGGACCCGUAGCGUCUCCCUCAGCCGCCGGAAGAGGCUUGCCCUAAUUGGGCAGCGUGCGUCCGCCCGGCCGCAGGAAGGCAGCCUCAUUGGUCCGCACAGUCGGGACCCCGGCGGCUUUUCUUAGUGCUCAAGGCGCCGAUACACUUCUCUUCGUCCAACGGAGUGCUCCCUUCCUUCCGAAGUCCCUGGAGCAGCCAGCCCGAAGGGAUCCGGACUGCGCUAGGCCGCGUAACUGCCCUGAGGCACCAUGACGACCCUGGAUGAUAAGUUGCUGGGGGAGAAGCUGCAAUACUAUUACAGCAGCAGUGAGGAUGAGGACAGCGACCAUGAAGACAAGGAUGGGGGCAGGGGUGCGCUGGCUGGCACUUCGAUGCAGGCAGAUGCUGAGUUGGCAGGCGAAGGCAUCUCAGUCAACACAGGUCCAAAAGGGGUGAUAAAUGACUGGCGCCGCUUCAAACAGUUGGAGACAGAGCAAAGGGAGGAGCAGUGUCAGGAGAUGGAAAGGCUGGUCAAGAAGCUGUCAAUGACAUGCAGGUCCCAUCUGGAUGAAGAGGAGGACCAACACAGGCAGAAGGACCUCCAGGAGAAGAUCAGUGGGAAGAUGACUCUGAAGGAGUUUGCCGUGAUGAAUGAGGACCAAGAUGACGAAGAGUUUCUCCAAAAGUAUAGGAAGCAGAGAAUGGAAGAGAUGCGGCAGCAGCUUCACAAGGGGCCCCAGUUCAAGAAGGUUUUUGAGAUCCCUAGUGGAGAAGGCUUUUUGGACAUGAUUGAUAAAGAACAGAAAAGCACCCUCAUCAUGGUCCAUAUUUAUGAGGAUGGCAUUCCGGGGACCGAAGCCAUGAAUGGCUGCAUGAUUUGCCUUGCUGCCGAGUACCCAGCUGUCAAAUUUUGCCGAGUCAAGAGCUCAGUUAUUGGGGCCAGCAGUCGCUUCACCAGGAAUGCCCUUCCUGCCCUGCUGAUCUACAAAGGUGGUGAAUUGAUUGGCAAUUUUGUUCGUGUCACUGACUAGCUGGGGGAAGAUUUCUUCGCUGUGGACCUUGAAGCUUUUCUACAGGAAUUUGGAUUGCUCCCAGAAAAGGAAGUCUUGGUGCUGACGUCCGUGCGUAACUCUGCCACCUGUCACAGUGAGGAUAGCGAUUUGGAAAUAGAUUGAACUGCCAGUCUAAUUGCAUAGAUUUCUCAUUGUUUGGGCUGGAAGACACAUGUCUGGGUAUUUAUUUCUGUUCCUUCCUGUGUCAUGUGGUUUUUCAGCUGUUCUUUGUAGUCCCUUUUAUUAUAUGUAAAGGAAUCAAGAAAUUCUUAGAUUAAAUGGGAAUGUUGCAUCACCUUGUGGCUAGCAGUAAAGUGACUUAAAAUUGUAUAAACAGGAAGCCGGGCUUUUGAACUGUUUACUUAAGAUUCUCUAGCAUGACAUCUCUGUUAUUGUUUCUAGUCAAUAUUUACAUAACAUCCUAAAGACAGUGUCCUGGAAAUUGUCUUCAGACCUCAGAGCUCUCUGCCAGGCCUCGGAGUAUAAUUCUGUAGUUAGUGUGUUAUUUGCAACAUAAAUAGUGUGUCUCCUUCAUCAAGAUUAUAAAUUGUAUUUACUUGUAAUCAGAUCCAUAGUCCUGGAAGGCAGGACUAAAUUUUUAAAUUUUUACCUGAGACUGUUCUCCACCAGGGUCUUGUUUAACGGUUCCAGACAACGUAUGUUUGUCCCAUCAAGAGGGCAGCUUGAUGCUGGAGCCAGUGCCCUGCUCAAGCAUUAUUAAGUCUUGAAGAGGAGGAAAGAUUGAUGCUGACUGCCCUCUUGAUGCUGGAAGGCCAGCUUGAUUUAAGAAUCAGAGCUGAUUUGAAGCUGGGAAGCCUUUUUUAAAGGAGGGUUUCUCAAUAAGAUACUCCUGCUCAUUUCUUUGUCUUUUAUUGAACAAUGUAACUUUUUGUUUUCAUGUAGCUUUUUAAAAAUCUUCCUCUCAAUCUCUCCCUCCCUCUCUCUCUCUCUCUUUUUGCAUAUUAGAAAAGUAAUAUUUAACAGAGGAACAUUUGCCAAACUCCAGAAGUGAAAAGAAGAAAGAAUAAUAUCUAAUGUUGCCUAGAAGAAAACACUAUUAAUAUUUUGGCAUAUUUCCCUCCAUCGUAUUUUCUUUGUAAACGUAGACAUUUUGCUUGUUUUUAAACAAAACAAUGGGAUCAUUCUGAACAUACUGUUUUAUAGUAUGGUCAGCUAUUAUAGAUCAAACUUUUCUUCAUGUUAUUAAAUAAUCUGCAACACUGUAAAAAUGGCCAUCGACAGUCCACCAUGUAGAUAAUGCUGAGUUGCUUGGUGGUUAUGUCUUAAAAAAAAAACAAUGACUUUUUACUACAAAAGUAAUAGAUGUCCAUUGUAGAAUAUGUAACACAAAUUGUUAAGCUAAAAAGAGAUUUUAAAAGUCCUAUAAUUAAAAUAAUAAAUAAAUAAAGUCCUGUAAUUCCACCAACCAAAAAUUAUUCGCAUUAUCAUUUUUACAGAUAUCCUUGUCUUUUCUAUUUGUUUUUUUUCUAGUCUUUUCUAUUUGUAUUCAUAUUUAUAAUAAUGAUUGUCAUUUGAUAUUUUUAGCUUUUUUUUUUUUUUUUUACUUAAAAUGGUGUACAUUCUAAGGUCAGGGAAAAUGUAAUGUGGAAUUAAAAGAUUAACUUUAAAAUUCAGUUUUGCUUUUCCUGGUUAUUCAGGAGUGGACUAAUGUAGAAGGGUCUCAAAAAUAUCUGUCUUGAAGCUAUUUCCUCACCUCUGCAACGGGAACACCUGCUUCACUUCUUCAUCAGUAGGAAGAAAGUACAUGAUUUUUCUGCUUUCAGACGCUCACUGUAGAAAGUGUAGAAGAAGCAGACAACUGUUGUCAAUGUUCUUAUUUCCCUCUUUUUUUCAGUAUUUUUAAUAACAUUGAGAGCUUACUGGAUUUCUAUUUUAUUUAAUAUAAAUACUUUGACAUGUUAUAAAAAUUCUAAAUAAAUAAUUUUUAAUGGCU